AAAAUUUGAUGUUAUCGCUAACCUUGCAAGUGUAGCAUAUAGUCAUAGUUUUCAGGGAGUCCCAAGUUCUGCAUUACGGGAAGUCUGUAUCCUAAGGGAAUUGAAGCAUAGAAACGUGGUGCGAUUAUACGAUGUAAUCUACUCGGAAAGCAAACUAACUUUAGUUUUUGAAUAUUGUGACCAAGACCUCAAGAAGUUUUUUGAUUCACUUAAUGGACAUAUUGAUCAGCAGAUGGCGAAGUCGUUGAUGUUGCAACUAUUACGUGGAUUAGCAUUUUGUCAUGCGCAUCACGUCCUUCAUCGUGACCUCAAACCGCAGAAUCUGCUUAUCAAUUCCAAUGGCCAGUUAAAACUGGCUGAUUUCGGCCUUGCUCGAGCGUUCGGGGUUCCUGUUAGGUGUUAUAGUGCUGAGGUAGUGACAUUAUGGUAUCGACCGCCCGACGUAUUAUUUGGGGCGAAGUUGUAUAAUACUUCUAUCGAUAUGUGGUCAGCUGGAUGCAUAUUUGCUGGUAAAGCUAAAAUAUCUAACGCUGGCCGACCCCUUUUUCCUGGAGCUGAUGUGGAUGAUCAACUGAAAAGGAUAUUCAAACAAUUAGGCACGCCCACUGACGACACAUGGCCCGGAUUGUCGCAGUUACCUGACUUCAAGGUAAAAGAUGACCUAUUAAAAUUGUCAUUUAGCAGAAUAUUGAUUAUGUCUAUCUACAUCUCAUUUAUAGUUUGGAAAUAG